UCUCUAAAUUCAGUUGUCAUGCCAACUACCUCUUUUCCACUAUCUCUCAUAACUUCAUCUGCAUAUGAUUCAGAAAAUGUAACAGAAGUACCAGCUACAGAAUCAGUGCCUGUAAAUCAAAAAUACAAAAUUACACUAGCAGGCGAUUGUGAACUGGCAAUGCGCGAAGAGAGGAACUUCUCCAGGGCAUUUCUGCAGCUGCUGUCUGAAACAAUACAGUUGGAUAUAGGAAAAAUGAAAGUAGACAAAGUGUACUGUGGUUCAACCAUCGUAGAGUUCUCAGCCGAUGUUCCACUUGAAUCAAACGUCUCUGUAGUACUUCAAAACAUUGCAGAUGAAGACGUGUUUGUGAUGAUAUACAAUGGACAGAAUUUCACAAUGAUUGAUUUUUUUAUUUUCCCCCCAACACCGACUCUAAAACCUACACCGAAAGGACCCCAUUCUCCACCAAAAAAGCCAUCACAAGGAAUAAGUUAUGAGCAACAACAGUUCAUCAUUUACAUUCUCCUGGCGACUGCCUGUGGCAUUGCUAUUAUUAUUGGCAUUGCCUUCUGCAUCCAGAAAUACAGCAGGCAGUGUUGUCGCACACGUAGUAAAACGUUUGAGCUCUCCAUGGAUGAGAAUUUCGUUAAACUGUCUGAUUUCAACAUGGCACACACCAGUAUACCUCGACCAAAAAGUAUCUAUGAGCAAAACAUAGACACCGCCGGGAAAUUCAGGCCUUACUCCAAUGAAGAGGAGGCUGCUCAAGUAGUUGCUGAGGGGACAUGUGCACCUCCUUCCAAAAAGACUUCAAAGGAAGAGCCUGAAAAUCCUCCUCAGGUUGGUGUGGAAAUGUCACCUGAUAGCAUGAAGGCUAGUAAAGAGUUUGCACGAAACAGUGUGCCUGAGUGGGACCUGCCAAAGUUAGAAGGAGUUGUUAGAAAAGGUGACGAUAAACCACUCAAAGAUCCUGACCAUCCUUCAAAUGCCACUUUCAUGCCUUUAUCUACCUCUGAACCAUCCAUGCCACCUACAACAGCACCACCACCGCCGCCGCCGCCACCACCACCACCACCGCCUCAACAACCUGUUCCAUCUCCUAGCAGCAGCAGUCCCCGUGUACGUACAAGUGAUACCUUUUCUGACAUAUCAGAUACUUCAACAGCUGAAACAAGACAGUUGUUACAGUCCAGGGACUGUUCACCCAUGGCGAGUGGAGUAGAUAACCUGGCUAUGGUCUCAGACACUGCCUACUCGCCUUCUGGAAUGAGGCCAAAAAAAGAAGGACUGAUCUAAAGAACCAAUUAUAUAUCUGUUAUGUCUUCAGGAGAGCGAAAUACAACAUUGAUGUAGAUGUUCACAUGUAUUACACCUUUUAGAAGUGCAUAUGGUAACGCUGAAGUUGUUCUCA